GACACGUUUUCGACAAGACUGUACACCUGACACAUCCUUAGAGAAAAGAUCAUUCCUGUCGUCAGGCAAGAACACGAAGCCGACGGUUAACCUCAGGAGAAAUACGGACGGAAAGGAGAAGAAGAAUAAGAAGAAGUAUACUGAAGGAAAAAAAGUCAAGAGAAAAGGAGGUAAAAAUUGAAUACAGCUGCAGCGCCGGCAGUCGGAUGACUUCAUCACUGCUGCACUGAAGGGGGAGUUUCGGAGAAGCCCACGUUCGUCUGACAGACUCUCCUCUUUCCUCGAGUAUUUUCGUACAGAAGGCCUCGGCGUCGCCAGAUCUUGGGUUCAAGAGUGACGUUCGAUAGCCGCAGUGUGUGAUGACCGCCGUCGUGAAUGGCGGGUAUUUGUGAUUGGCGAUUCUCAGUUAAUCGGCAUUACUAUCAUCAUCGAAGGUCCGGCAGAUGCAGCGGGGAAUUCAGCUGCAGACGGUACUUAAGUAUCAGCAAUGCAGUUAAUAUUGUGAAAGGUCACUUCAUUCAUCCGUCAAUUACUGCAGUAGGGUGAAAUCAUUGACGAGAUUAAGUGCAUGUAUCGUGUGACCGCAGAUGUGACUCGGGUUCUCCACAAUUUCGUGGUAUUUGAACUGCGUCAAAACGUAAUCGUUAGACAUGGAGGAAGUGGUUUAAUCAUCUUCGAAGACUUAAAGAGCCAGCUAAGCUUGGAGCCACAGUCUGUUGAACUCUAGACGUGCCAUCACGACCUUUCUAGGACGUAAGAAUAUGGGGCUAAAAGUCUUCCUCGUCUACUUUCUGCAAUGGAUUAUCAUCGGCUUUGGAUUCACUACGGCCAUUCGAUACGAAACGACGGCAAAGCCGAGAGCAGCCGAGGAGUUCGCGAAUCCGAGUAGCGGUCCUUCCAGUGGAUGUUGCCAGUGCAAAUUCGAGGAUACCGCCUACCUCAACUCAGCUUGCGGCAGUACGGCGUCAUUCAUGAUACUGAUUCAGAGCUUGAUGAUGUCCAGAUGCGACAUAGCCGACCCUUGUCGACGGGCCGGAAAAUCGGAGCUACCGGAUGGCCAAUGGUACGAUUUUAUCAUCGUCGGUGCUGGCGUCGCUGGACCGGUUUUAGCCAGGAGAUUAAGCGACUAUCCGUGGUGGAGGGUGCUCCUCAUUGAAGCAGGACCUGAGGAACCGACGAUGACGGCUUUCCCAGGGCUUGCCUUCAACGCGAUCAACUCAUCGUUGGACUGGAAAUUCUUAACGGAACCAACGCAGCCACACCCGACAGCUUGCUUGGAAAGCGGUGGAGUCUGUGCUUGGCCACGAGGCAAGAUGGUGUCGGGCACCGGGGGCCUCUACGGCAUGAUGUACGUUCGGGGUCACCCUGAGAUUUACAACAAAUGGGCGCGAGAGGGGAACGUCGGUUGGUCGUACAGCGAAAUCCAGCACUACUUCGAGCGGGCGGAGGCGCCGGCGAAUCCGGAUAUGGUGCGGACCGAGCCGUUUGCGCGAACGCGAAGCGGCGGCCCGUUGCACAUCAACUAUUUUCCGCACAAGCCGGACUUCUCCGACGACCUGCUCACCUCGGCAAAGGAGCUGGGCUACCGAACCGGCUGGCUCCGUGGCUUCAACCAGACGGGCUUCAUGGUGGCCCCGAUGAUGACGAGCGCCGGUCUACGUGGAACGACUUCGCGGUAUUAUUUACGGCCCGUCUCGCAGCGGUCUAAUCUGGACGUGUUGACCAACGCACAUGUGACACGAAUCCUGGUGGACAAGUGGUCCGCAAGGGCGUACGGGGUCGAGUACAUCGAUAAGAACGGGAUACGGCGAGUCAUGAAGAGUAACAAAGAGGUGAUUCUGACGGCCGGGGCUAUCGGGUCACCACAGAUCCUGAUGACGUCAGGAAUCGGACCCAAGGAGCACCUCACCAAGCUCGGAAUAAAGUCCGUAAAGGACCUUCCGGUAGGAGAAAACCUCCACAAUCACGUCUCCAUCGGUAUAAAGAUGAGCAUCAACGACACUCACUACGAAACGCUCACUCUCAGCGCAGUCAACGAGUUUCUGGCCACCCGAAGCGGGCCUUUAGCUAGCACUGGUCUGACCCAGGUGACAGCGUUCCUAGAGAGCAGCUUUUCGACGGCUGGGGUUCCCGACCUGCAGGUCUUCUUCGACGGUUUUAGUUCAAAGUGCCCUAGGACCGGCCUUCACACGGAGUGUCCGGAUGGCAGCAUCAGCACGUGUCCGGGACGACGAGAGAUAGUCGCCAGACCAACGGUCGUGUGUCCACGAACCAAAGGCAAUAUGAAGCUGCGCUCUUCGAACCCACUGGACCCGCCACUCCUGUACCCCAACUACUUCGAAAACGAAGUCGACGCAAAGAUCCUCGUCGAGGGUAUCAAGAAGGUCGUCGAGCUGACCAAGACCAAAGCAUUGCGAAAGUGGGACCUUCGCUUGAACACCAAACCCCAUCCAUGGUGCGCCAGGCACUACUUCGCGUCCGACGCCUACUGGGCUUGUCUCAUCCGCGUUCAGACUGGCCCGGAAAACCAUCAGUCUGGGUCCUGUAGGAUGGGCCCGGUCGGUGACGCCCGCGCUGUUGUCGACCCUCAGCUAAGAGUUCACGGCGUCAAGAACAUCCGCGUUGCUGAUGCCUCGAUUUUUCCCGUCGUUCCCAACUCCAACCCCGUCGCCGCCAUCAUCAUGAUCGCGGAAAAGGCUUCCGACCUCAUUCGUGGCGCUUGGUUGGUGAAGUGAGCAAUUCUAGUUUGCCGGUACGAGUUUCUCGUCUUAUCGCUACAAUAUGGCGAUCCUCUCAAGAUCUUCGGAAAUUUGGAAAAGCGAGAGAUCUUCUUUUUUUUCUUUGCUCUUACAAUGGUUAUCGGGUUUUUUUUCGAGAAAGGAAAAGAAGGAUAAUGUACGAUUUAGUGACGGUGAACUGACAUGACUGUAAUGUGUUUUCUACAAAUAAUAAGGAAUCAAGUUGUGGUUAGAAUAUUUUGUAAAGUAAGGUUCUGUAUUAUAAGCUAAGAAGAAAAUUUCGAUGUAUAAUAAAACUAACUU